AUGCCUCGAGCGCCGCAAGUGCUUGAGCAAUCCGAGAGUGAGCGGAUAGCCCUUCUCGAGAAAAUUGCAAAACACUAUCUUGGCCAUGAGACAUUGGACACUAAGAGCAUACGCAAUGCGGUCGAUCAGAUGGAACACGACUCCUCUAUCACCAAUCAAACCCCACCCAACGCCACAGAUGUACCUCCAAGGAGCAAUGGACCUUUGACUCACGGACGACCCUCAGAUGCCCAUCGUGCAGUCGGUGAGCUAUCGCAUGCGGGCUUCUCGAAUCGGCUGCACCAGCAGGUAAAGGAACGUCUGCCCAGCUGUGAGCUCGUCGGUCCUCAUGACCUUGAAAACGAAGAUCUCGGCCACCGGCGCCUGAAAGCACCCUUUCUCACUUUCGACCGCACUGACUUACCCCCAAAACCCAUUGCGGCCUUCCUCAGCAAAGUCUACUUCGACUUUGCACAGACUGUGUCUGGAUUUGCUCAGCCUACAUGGACAGCAGCCAGGAUCGAUGAACUUUACGACGCGGAUUGUUUGCUGAACGUGGACGACUCCGGAUGGAUAUGUACUGUGCUUACGAUACUUGCAAUCGGCACCCAUUUCUCUCAUCUGAAAGCUGGGUCCAGUACUGUUCACUCUCCUCUGGACGACGUGAACGGCGGAAGCGAGGCUGGAGUCGGCAUUGAGCUUUACAGGACUGCAACGAAGCUUCUACCAGACGUUAUCCAUCUGGCGAACCGUGACUCUGCUCGAGCUAUACUCAUGUUGGCCCACUUUGCGUUGACCGUGCAGGACCUGGAAGCUGCUCGCACGUAUUUCGUGCUCUGUUCAGUCGUGUCAGAGCGAGAUGAUGUCGGCAGCGAGAACGGAAAGAUUACAGCUGAACCUUCUCUUGGGGAUUUCGCGCGCAGUUGGGAAAGGCGAUUGAGCAUCCUACACGGCUGGCCUACGAGUCUCCCUCCUAUCAAUGCCAAUGGCUCUAAAUUGGAGCACAAUCCGUUGUCGGGGAAUAAAAAUCCGUUGGAGCAAGAGCAUUACAGUUUGACGGACUUGACCGGAUGGCUCGACAGGAUUUCAAGUCGUCUCUGCACCCUCGGAUCUUCCCACCGGUCACUAAGAAGCAGGCACAUUGAGCUGUUGCUUCAGGCUCGAAAGGAGUACAAGCAAUGGUGGCUUGAAUUCCCAUCAAGUAUCACGCCAAUACUCCAGCUGAGUCGACCAUUGUUACAUUUGCACAUACACUACUAUCUCAACCUAGUGUUUCUAGGACGGCCAUUCAUAUUCGCUGCAACCGACAAUUUUGCCAAGUCCUCAAACGCUACUAAUGGAGUAUUGUCAUUGCCUUUCGUCGAGGACGCCGAGUACGCCGCGUACGGAAUUAUUGACAUCUGUUCCAUGCUGGAUCGAUGCUAUGGAUUGUCAAGUGCCAGCUACGUCGAGCACGUCUCUUGCCGGGUAGCGGUCGACAUUAUGCUAGCACAGAGUCUGACAGCAGACAGAUGCUCGCUUUUCCAUGAGAAGCUCGAAACGGGGUUGGCUUUAUUGAGACAGAUGAGCCCGCCACGGUCGAAUGGGUACGCACAGCUAUCAACGGAACGUCUAAACGUUGCAAUACGACAAAUGCACUCAGAUGGCUCGUGCCAACGCAACAGCAAUACAGGUAGACCUGAUGGUUCUGCAGCGAUAGAGGAUCAAUAUGAGAAUUUCAAGAACUGGGCCAGCUUCCUGAAGGGCACCAGCAGCCGCCAUUCCGCGGCUCUCCAGGAUCCGAUGUUUGACAGCGCAGGCGCACCUCCAGAUCUUGCUGACUUUGACUGGAACCUUUUCGGAGAUGCCUCGUUUGAUCUGGUGACUGGAGGCCAAGAACACAUGCAUCAACAAUUCCUGACUGGGACAGAUAUAGGUUGA